GGACUUCAAUUCCGCCUACAACUACCGUCUUUUAUCCCGAUUUCAAUAGAACAUCGUUUGCCACGGCUCCAGAGGGAAAUGUCUGCCACAGAGAACCUACAGUUCGCGCAGAUUAUUGCGGACUUACAGACACUGCAAAAUGCCGAUCCCAAUGCAGCCAUAGCCCUCCUCUCCGCACACAAGGCUCUCUCGUCCACCAAGCAGGGGAGAUCUAGAACUUCACUCCCUGACCCACCGAGGUUCGAUAAACUUGGGAGGAGGAUUGUAGGGCCCAGAUCUCCUCCGGGAUUGAGUAGGGUUGACUCAAGUGGAUAUUUCAAUGGGAAGAGUCGAUCACUGAAGAGUGACAGUGGAAGGGCCAGUGGCACCAGUAGCGGUGUUGGAACACCGGCUUUGGUUGAGGAGGAACAGCAAGAUGAAGAUAUUAAGCGUGCAAGAACCUUAAUAGAACUUUACGAAAUGAGGGGCAAAUUCAAGCAAAUAGGUGAUACGGGCUUGACGAGAGCGAAAGAAAGAGUUGAUGCUGUGAUAUCAAGAUAUGCGGAGAAGGAUCUUCAGGAAAGGGAGAAGGUUGCGAGGGCACGACAUUUGGGAGUUUGAGCAAAACAGGCUAGCCGAAUACUGGUUGUUCUGGGUAUGGAAGUUGGUAUUGCUGGCGUUUUGGAUGUUAAUACCCAUGAAUUUGCUGGGCGCUUUUGGCCACACGGGUUGUCACUUUUGGAAAACAGAAGAUUCUGUAAACCGGAAUUGGAAUAUUAGGGAG